GCUUUGACGUGCUAACACACUGAACAAUUUAAUCCUGUGCUGGUUUGUGUUUGUGCAUAUGUGUUAGUGUCUCUGCAUGUGUAAGCCAAUGCGAAUAUCCCACAGUUAUUCACAUUCAUGCAGUAUGACUGUCUGAGCAAAGCCUCUCUGAAUCUCCAGCUCUCUCUCACUCUCACUCUCCCUCCCUCACCCUCCCCUCCGUCUGUUGCUCCCUCCCCCUCCUUCCCUCGUUGUGUGAGCGUAGUCUGGGCGCUUAGCCAAGUAGAGUGUGUUUUUUUGAAUGAAUACCUGAUGCGGCUGAUGAGGCUGGCUGGGGGAGGAGCUGUGUCAGUGGAGUACCGAGAGAGAGAGAAAGAAAGAGGAGGGAGGUAGAGAGGGAAAGGGAGAGAGGCAGAAAUACAGAGAGAGAAAGCGAGAGAGAGAAGCAGCCAGGCAGAGAGGGAGCUGGCGGUCUGGUGGCCUUGCAUAACACACGUUGGAGCAGCCUUGAACGCAGGACUUGGUGUUUGCUUCAGCAGUGGGGAACUUCCUUCAUCGUCAGCCCGUUGCAGGGGCAGCGUAGCCUCCAAACCAGACAGCCCAGAGAGAGAGAGAGGAAGGCAGAGCUGGAGCAGCAACAGCACAGGCUCCAGGAGAGGAGAGCGGCACAAAGGAGAGAUUCAGGAAGAAGAGUCCUAGGAAACACGUCUCCAACACACAUACACAGACACACAUACAGAGGCAGGAAGAAUCCUUGGACAUGCUCUGCAAGCAGUGGCUGUGGAGAGACUGAUUCCUGCAGAAAUUGUGGACGAGGUGGACUAAUCAGAGAUGAUUCCUCAUGAAGUCUUUGGAGCUCAUUCUGUGAGCUGGAAUGACUCCAUCUUGUCUGAUUUGCGAUCUGGAGCUGUCAGCCACUAAACACUAAGAGAGCCAGGGCCGCACAGCAACCAGAGAGGCCAGCUCCUGCACCAAACCAUCUACUCAAGGUAAGAGAGGCAGAAAGACACAAUAAGAAGAGCUUUAGAAGGGCUGCCUGGGAAUAUUAAAUCCACACUGGCACAAUGAAAUCCAACCAGGAGCGUAGUAAUGGAUGCCUUCCUCCGAAGAAGCGGGAGAUCCUGGCUCUGGAGCAGAGGCCAGUGGUGGUGGCUACAGCGACACCUCCAACUGCAGUGGUGGCUGACAGUGCCCACACAGAGAAUCUGGCGUGGCUGGCAAGUGUCGCCAGUGAGCGCUGCAAAUCCAGGGACGCAGAGAGUCCGAGAUGUCCCAUGUCCUCUGCUUCAUCCUCUUCUCCUUCAAACUCUGUCUCUUCCCCAGCCACUCCUUUAUCUGCUGUUCCCCUGGCUUCUCUGCCUGCAGUUUACCCAGCAGCCCUUCCCCAGCAGGCUGGAGCAAUCCAGUUUGCUCAGCUGGGACCCAAUGUUCAGUUCAUAAGCUCCGGGCCUUAUGCAGGCUACAUCUCCUCUCACAUCAUCUCAACAAAUGCUACCACUGCACCUAACAGCUCCAACAUAGGACAGCAGCCCCAGCUGGAUAGUUACACCACCGCCCUCAUCUCUCCCACCAAUGCCAAAGGGGAGCAGCAGUUUCAGAUAGCGGUCUCUCCCACUGAACUGACUCCUGUGUCGCUCCCAAGCUCUCCCCAAGUCACCAGCCAGUACAUUCAUCUGGACAGCAGGACUCCUCUCACUGUCAGUGGAAACGCAGUCACUCCAUCCACAGCCCACCUCCAGCUGCACCCUCACACAGCCGUCCUCCCACAAACGCUCACCUUGGCUCCCUCACAGCUACUGGUUCAGUAUGCAGAUGGUUCAGUAGGAAAGAAAGCAGAUGGGCAUGCUAAAGGUGCACUGAACGGGGAAUUGGAGGUGGUCAAACAUACUAAAACGCCAAGUCAGCCGGGAAACCAUCAGCAGGUCCAGAGCUAUGAGGCCAGACAUAUCCUUCUGCCUGCAGACUAUUCCCAAAACCCUGCAGGACUCCAGACCUCCCUGGUUCUGGUUGCCCAACCAAACCACGGUGCUGAACGAGAUGCUGGCCCAAAUAAGAUCUCCUUGGUCCAGACUGAGAAAGGAGGCAUCUGUUUGGGGAAACCAGUAUCCAGAUCCUCCUCUUUCACCUCCCUUUCUUCAUCAGAGGUGGUGAAGUCUGUUACUCCUCACACUGUCAUCCAGACAACUCUACCGUCAGAGGAGCUACCGGCCAGUCUCUACUCCUCCACACAGCCUUCAAUCAUUGGUUAUAUCACCAACACAAACCAGCAUGCUGUCAGCUACCACGCCACACUGCCCCAACACCUUGUCAUCCCCAGUGGCCAGUCCCUUCUCAUCCCAGUCAGCGGCACAAACAACGGCACAGAGGUUGAGGUCAGCCGCUCUGUUAGCGCCUUGACUGCCACCACCACUCCUCAGAUAUCCACCGCCAUGCCUCAUGCCUAUCUGGCCACAGCCCUGUCCAAGUGUGAAGCGCUUGGGCCGGAUGGAAGCCACCCUCCCCCUGCUGUUGCACAGACACCAGCGCUGCCGGUCCCACCCUCAAACCCGGCCCCUGCUGUGGUGGCAGCUCCCUCCCCAACACCCGCUCCUGUCCCCACUCCCACCCCAGUUUCCAUUCAAGCCUCCCCCUCCAUAUCCUCUUCAUCUUCACCUGUGGCACUGCCUCCUUUCUUCAUGAGAGGCUCCAUCAUCCAGCUGGCUGAUGGGGAGCUGAAACGAGUGGAGGACCUGAAGACAGAGGACUUCAUCCAGAGUGCUGAAAUCAGCAAUGAACUGAAGAUUGACUCCAGCACAGUAGAGCGGAUCGACAGUGGGCAGAGUCCAAACGCAGUGAUCAUUCAGUUUUCUGUGGGAGAACUCAAAGCCCAGGUGUGUGUGGAGGUGCUGGUGGAGUAUCCCUUCUUUGUCUUUGGUCAAGGCUGGUCAUCCUGCUGCCCUGACAGGACCACCCAGCUAUUUGAGCUGUCCUGCGCUAAGCUGUGUGUGGGUGACGUGUGCGUGUCACUGACCCUGCGCAGCUUAAGGAAUGGUACAGUAACUGACAGCCAGGGUUUGGGGACCAAGAUGAAGACAGGCCACCUCUCUGACUCCUGUCAGAACAUGGAUGUCACAAUAAGAAACAGUGCGAGUCCAAGCGCUGUGGGCCGAAACAACGGCCUGCUCAUGAAGGCCAUCAGUGCAGACCGCCUGGAGAGAGAGCAGCUUACUGGAUCAGAUCUGCCACUGGGAUUGGAAUUAGUUCCAGGACAAGGAGAGGGGAUCUAUAGGAGUGGAGACGUAAGGCAGGAAUCAGUGAAAACAGAUACGGCUGCUCUUACCAAAACACACUGUGGUGAUCCAGAGAGACCCACGACUCGGAAAAGACGCUGGUCAGCUCCAGAGCGAGACCAGACUGAGAGAGCUGAGGAGGAGCCUCCUCUGACUCUGCCCAAACCCUCCUUCAUCCCUCAGGAGGUUAAACUCAGCAUAGAGGGGCACUCUAGUGCUGGGAGUGAAAGGUGCUUGAACAGAAAAGUUGACUGUUGAGAGAACUUCGGAGGAGUUUUUUGAUUACCUGUGGUUUGCUUUGUGUUUCUCCCUCUCUUUCUCUCUAUCCAGACAACUGUAAUAUAGGAGUUUACUCAGUAUUUACAUUUUCUUUACUUUCACACAAGUCUGAUGUCUACGAUGAAGUACUGCCGAGCACCUUCAUAAGUGGUAUCACACACGAGAUCAGUGCAAUCAAUGCUGAAAGCAAAAACGAAUGCAGCGUGAAUGUUGAGUAUGAAUGGCAGCCACACCCUAACCCCUGAGAGACAUUGAACCUGUGUGUUACAUAUCAUGAGCUGGAUUUCCUUCAUCAUGUGGCUUAAACCUGCUGGAUGCAGACAAGUCAACCAUUCCUGUUAUCACAUGGAGAGCACAGACCCAGAUGUCAUAGUGUAGAAAGUGAGUGAGCAUGUCUGGACUGUUAUUGUAUUUGUUGGGUUCAUGGUGACGUUUAUGUUGAUGAAGUCAAAGUGAGAGACCUAUUGUGUUUGAAGAAGAUGCUCAGUCAGCCUGGAUGUGAUCUGUGCUGCCUUUUCUAUCUUUUGUUGUAAGUUUAGUGCAUUUUUUCAUACUGUUACAGGUGUGAGUAUCACAGCAGGGGACUCUGUGCCACUUUUUCUUUAUGCGUGUAUGCCUAUGUGUGUUCUUGAGUCAGACAGAGCGUUGGUUGAGGUUGUUUGUGUGGCUGAUGUGACCUAGCUGUCAAAAGGCCUGAAUGUAAAUCCCUACAUAUUUGCUUUAUGCUGAUUAAUAAAGUCAAACAGAUGCUGCCUAAUGACUGGAAGGCCAGAAAUAUUUGGUAGAAUUGAAUCUGAACAGCUAAAACAUAGGUUUUUGGCUACCUGGGGGCAGUAUAGCUACAAAUCAUCCACUAUUUUCACAUAUUACCUUUCAUUUACCUUUCAUCUUUGGGAAAAGACUUACAUAAACAUUUGCUUAUGGUCAUGUGUUUUAUCUCAUGUUCUGAAAUGCCUGCUUGUGUGCCACCUUGUAACAUGUAAUCAUUAUUACAAAUAUUUUCACUGUCAGCAAUUUAAUUUCAUGACGCAGGUGGCUUAAUUCAUGAAAUUUAGUUUAUGUAACUCUAUGUUUUGAUCAGCCAAAUCCAUCCAUCCAUAAUCUUUAAUUUAAAUCUGUCAGCUCAUUCUAAUUAUCUUCCAUCUUCAUUCAUCUAACAACUGGUGCUGGUUAGGUGGUGUAGUAUUGGUUUUACAAAAUAAUUUUUACUCAGAAUGUCUGCCUGCUGCACCUACAGUGACCUAGAUUUAAUUAGUGGCAGAAAGGUAAAAUAUAUCAAAUUGAGCAUAAAGAUGCUAUAAUUUGUAAAUUUUUGAUUUCCUUUUUCACCCAUCUGACAUGUUUAUUGUUAUAGAAUAUGAGUUAAAGCAACUCGAAAUGCAAAUGUAUGACAGUGUACUAAAGCCACUUUAAAAAGUAGAAAAUGAUAAAUGAUAAAACAGAUCUGUUUAUUAUGUGAACGAAACACGUUUUUUGACACGGUGGAAAAAGUACAUAACUGUUGUACUCAGGUAGCGGUACAGUUACUAUGAACAACAUUUACAUAAGUAAAAGUACUGGUCCAUAAGUCUACCCAAGUAAAAAUGAAAAGUAUUCAAUUCAAAGUUUACUCUAACUACUGAAUAGCCACAGAGGAGUUAUACAGUAAAAUAUGAUCUUUCCUUAUUGGCAAAGACCUCAAGAGAAUAGAUGAAUAAAGCCUCUAAGCCUAAGAUAAAGUCAAAUACACAUCAAAAUUGACAGUGUUAAUUUAACUUGAAUAGAGUAAAAAUAAACACUUUAAAAGUGUCUAUUGGUCUACACCACAUAUAGUUAAACUACACUUUCUAAGUGUUUAAUAUUUGACAGUAUGACAGAGCUGCAGUAAGUCUUGAAAAGGCAAGAACAAAGCAGGGAGUCAAACUCAUUUUAAGGCGAUGCAUACUGAUGCACAAUGCAUCCUUUAGGGGCACCUAAAGUCACAGACAGGAAGUCUUACUCAGUGGAUAACUUCACUUAUAGUGCAAAUGUGUCCAAGACCAAAAACAACAUUCCACCUCUUUACCAACAAAACCCCGGCAGGGAUAUACAACAGGCAACAUAUAAACACAUGUAAACACAUAAAAAAACACAUCUAAACACUCCGCCCAAGGUCAUGGUGGGGAACUCCACCCCACAUACCCCAGGAGUGAUAUCUCAGUGGGCAGAGCUUUGAUCAGAGGGCUCUACAUAUCUGAACUAACACUGAGAACCAUUUCACUCAGAAUGGAGUUAAAACUAAACUCUAGGAAUAAAAAUCAGCUCCAAAAUGAUAUCACGCUCCAGCUUUUGCUGUGUAUGUACAACAGAUGUUUGGGAUGUGGAGUUACUCUGCUUAAAACUUACUGAAGUAGACUAAAAGUACUGAUUUCAAAAAGUACUCAAAAAAGUACAAGUACACAAAAACUCAGUUACAGUAACAUGAGUAAAUGUAAGAAGUUACUUUGCACUAGAGGGCUGCAUUGGGACCCGGUGGGACCCAGAGCAAAUAUUGAAGGAGCGGGCGGUUUGAACUUUGCUGGGGGUGGGAGCAGGCGGCAAAAAAAAAAAAAACACUGUGGGAUCAGGAUGAUGGAGUCAACAAAUGAUGUAGUGAAGAAGCUCAAACAAGGUCUUUACAACAGAAAAAGAAAACAAGGCAAGUCUGACAAGUUUUGUUUCUGCAGACAAGCUCUGACUAACAGAUUAAUAUCUACUACUGAAUACUAAAUGGCGAGACAAGUACAGUGUCAUAAAUAAUUAUUUCAACUGAAAAAGCGGGUUUUUGUGUCGUGAAAGUUAAUGUUUAUGCUUAGAGUGGCUAAAUGAGCUGUCCCUGGAGCUGAAACGCGGCAGAUUUGACUGACAGCUGCCACUCAGAGAGAGAGUGAGAGAGAGAGAUGCUCUCCGUCGAUGGGCGAUUGUACGGGCUUCUGUGCAGCUGAUUCUUUUUCUUAAUCAUUUGGAUUAAUAGGUUGUUUGCACUCACAUGAUCUUCUUGGCACGUUUUUGCACAAGACACUGUUUUUUGUUUUUGAUGUAUUCCGGGACGCUUUUGUUUCCCCUUUACUGCCAGAACAACACCCGGUCUGAAUCUCUAUUGAUAGCCUAUAAAAUGACGUGUUUUCUUCUGCGGGACGGGAGAAGACACAAAAUCAAUGCAUCUCUAUUACUGCGCGGGCAUGAAUUCUCAGGGUUUUGCGGGUGCGGGCGGGAGUGAAACACACGUUGCGGGUGAGGGAGGUAAUGGUCAGAAAUUCAGCGGGAGCGGGAUGAAGAAAACAGUCCCGCGCAGGGCUCUACUUUGCACCCCUGUUUUUUGAGUUCAUUAAGUUGCAAAUUUAUGAGAGGCCAGACUCAAAAGUUUUGAGCUUUCAAAGAAAAGAAAAAAAAAUAAAGACUUUAUAUAUUUGAAAAUUUCAAGUUUAUGAAGUCCUAAAUAUACAGAAACAAAAUUCAAAUACUGGUUGUAGCAAAGUUUUAUCUUGGAUUCUGUUCACUUGUGCUGUUCCUCUGAAAGGCCUUAGUUUAUGGCGAUCUCUCCUCAAAGUCUGGAUGCCGAUGGUGUUUUAGUUGUGAACUGCCAAGCCACUGCAGAUGUAAAUUAGCUUAAAGCUAACUCUGGUAAAAUGCAUCAAAUGGCAACAUUUAUGUUUAUUAUUGUACAUGGUCCAUUUACAAAUAAAUAAAUAUAAAAUAAACAAAUGAUGUGAUGAUUCUCACCGAAAAUCAAUUCCUUAUUGGUCAGUCCCAGUAAAAUAAAAAACUGUACAAAGGUUGAACAGUUUGGGAAAACAAUAUAGUUGUAGCAUCUCUUCUGCAAAAAAAUAGGUUCAAGUAGUAUUUUGACAAACAUUUCACGUUAAAGAAAUAUUGCACAUUCUUCAAUUUGAAAAUUGCAGUAGGACAUUUAAUCUAAAUUUGGGCCCGGCCUUAAACUUUAGUACUUGUGCAAGGCAAUUGGCUUAAUUCCACACAAAAGGCUAUUUAUAGUUUAAAAAUCUUAAAAAUUCUAAGGUUUGGUUCUUGUCAUUGUAUGACUUCUUAACAGAAAAUUUUUAUUUUCUCCUAGAUGUAUUACCUGAACUCAAAAAUUCAUUUAAAAAAAAAAUCAGAUUAAGAGAUCCUAAUUGUUUUUAAAGUGGCUCUGAUACUCCGUCAUACAAACACAAAUCAAGACAUGACAUAAAAACAUGAUAUAGUAUUUAUCUAUUGAUGAAAACCUGUACUUUGCCAUAUAGUGAUCAAUCCUUGAUUUCUUUCCGCAAACUAUGGCCUUAAAAAUAAACACCUAUUUACAUCAGCACGUUUCACUUACUUAUACUAGAGUACACAUCAUUUUGUCUCAGAGUAGAGCCAAACCUACAGUUCAUACUCAGGAACAGUGUGAGUCUGCCUGUGAUGGUGUGUUUGGUGUGUGCGUGUCCAAAGUCACAUGUUGAAUGUGUGUAUUCAGAGCAGCAGCACUUUGAUGAAGCAUCCAGCAGCAGUGUGUUGGUGUCCCUGCUCCUCAGCUCUUAGGUUUAAAUAGAAUAAUCAACUGACUGUUUUUCACUGCAUCAUGUCCUGCAGGUUUAUUGAUGAGGGAAGACAUUAAUGUUCCGGGGCAGGGAAUGUAAACACACAUGGGGCAAACUAUCUCAAAUUUAUUUUUGAAGACAGACAGAGCUACUAUAGAGAGAAGAAUGACUCGUGGUGUUGAUCAUGUACAGUAAAUUGUAUCCUAGAGAGUGUACAGUGUGUGUAUAGAUAUUUUAUCCCUUAUGUAGCCGAUGUAUUGUAUGUGCCACAGCGCCUCCUUCUUCGAUCAUUCCAUGAAUUCACCAACAUGAAGGCCCUGCUUUGGUUUUUGUCUGUUCAGGUAUUGAUCUAAUGUUCAUGAAUGUGCUACACUUCUUUAGGAACAUCUAUAUCAUUUGGCCUCCUCUGAUUUUCUUUCGACUUGCACACUGUAACAAACAGUAUGUGUGAAUAUGAACUGCAGUUUAUCAUGAUAGCCAUUGACCUUUUAUAACUAUGAAAGGUGUUUAAUGUAAACCAAGUAACCAGACUGUUCUCUUCUGUUUGUGUUUGACUGCUCAGGCUAAAAAAAAAUCACUGCCCAGUGACUGUUCUCCCUCAAAAUGAUGUGGUCUUAUAAUCUUCACUGUUACAAAGUACAGUACCGUUUGACCUUUUCUCUCUUUGAGCCUGGCCCAUCUUUGUAUUUUUACUAAGGACACAACAGCACAUACCUAUGAUCCAUAAAAUGUAAAUGUAACUGAUACCAUUUUUAAAAAAAAUAAUAACAAGGUGAGAAGGUUUGAUACCACUCUUGGAUGUUUUUGGUAAACCUGAGGCUUCAGACAGGUGACUUAGCACAAAGACUGAAUACGAGGAAACAUCUAUUUUUCCCAGCUCUACAUCAAUAAAUAGAAUAAUUUCUCCACAGAGGAUGCCUCAAUGAAAAAAAAAAAAAUUCUCAACCUAAUUUGGAAAUGUUUUUUGGCACUUUUUUGUAACUUCCUGUGGACAAAGCAGUGGUCUUAGCUCUUUAAUGGUUUUGUCUUGUGCAUUUUUAUUUUUUUCUUUUUAUUAGAAAAUGAAUCUCCUACUUUUUCCCAUAAUUGAAUGUAUGACUUGAAUCUGUGCUGUAGAAAAUGUGAAAAAGAAAGGCCUGUUUUGCACUUUGAAACUAAACCCCUGGUGGUUUUUUUUUAAGAUAUAAACUGAAAACAAAAAGUAAAGAUAUUUGUGUUUGUUAGAUUAUUUCUUUGUUGUAA